CAUUAACAGGCAACAAUAUUUGACCUGUUAUGUAAGUUUGUAGAUAUAUAAAGGCUAAUUUAGUUUUAAUAUUUAUUCCUGUUUACGAAACUACAAAGAUAACAAGAACAUACAUUCAAAUAAAAGUUAUUAUAUUAAUAUAUAUAGGAAACAUAGUUGAAACAAGCAUGUACACAAUCACUCUUGCUUUCGCUCUCUUUGCAUGUGCAUAUGGUCUUGAAGUGCCAGAUGUGACUGGACCAACUCCUCCACCAGUUCCAUGCCCUAACAGCAUGUGCUCUGGCCAGGCCGAUGGGAAUUACAACUACGACCAUCCAGGAAAUGGCAAAAAGGAAAACUAUUUUGUACAAUGUGUAGGUGGAAAGUCUUAUUGUCAAGCGUGUUGGCCAAAAACUUUGAAAUUCAAGAAAGAAUGUAAUCAGUGCAUGUACAGUAUUGAUGAUCCGUGCUACACCACAAAAUCUUGGAUUGCACCGGUAACAUAUACCUGCCCUGAUGAGUGUCCAUCACGUGGACCUACCUUCCAAGGCAACAUUGCCGAUCCAGCUGAAGACAGACAUUUCGUUGCUUGCUGGAAUGGAGUGACUGUUGGUUGUGUCAACUGUCCAGCUGGUUUAUUGUUCAAUGAAUAUGAAAAUGCAUGUCUGUAUGAAGGGAAAUACCUUACUAAACCAUCAAAGUAAAAUUGAGAAGUUAGACUUAGUGCCCAUGAGCUGGACUUAUGACAUUCCGUUUUUUGUAAAAAUUGUUGUUCAUUUUUGUUGUAAUUGUUAUGUUGUUAUAAAAAAGAAAAAGUCAAUUAUUAAUUAAAACUACUGAUUUUAUUUUUUCCCUUUCCCUACCAAAAGGUGAAAACAGUUGAAGAAGAGGUACAUACCCUACUCUUAAAAGAGCAAUUGUCUUUU